CAAUCCAUACACGUGUGUAUAUAUAUGUGUAUAUAUUGAGUGUUGAGACAGAUAUCCUUGGUUUCAUCCAAUAAUGGAUAUCUGUAGUUCUCUGCAGCUAUCUCUGGAACUCGGAAUCUGCAGUAGCCAUGGAACCAACACACGAUUUCGAAAUUCAGAAUCACGAGGCGAAUUUUGUGUUCUCCGCUCUAAUUUAUCAUCAUUUUCGGUGUUUCAGGAACAGUGUGCUUGGAGUAGAGAUCUUUCAAAGAGGAUAAAGAGACGAGCAUGCACCAUCUCCCCUAGGAAUCAUCAGCUUAAAUGUCACUGUUUUGUAAAUAGAGUGCCCUCUUUGGAUGCUACGUCUAUAAAGAGUGCCACUUUAACUUUAGCAAGAUCAUUGAACCGUCUGCCAGGAAAUCCCCAUGUGAUCAAAUUGGCUUCAGCUGUAGGUUUUGUUAUUUUUGCGAUAUGGGGACUUAGGCCACUUGUCCGACAAAGCAGAAACAUAUUUCUAGGGAAAAGUGAUAGCAGUUGGCGAAGAAGCAGCACAUUUCAUGUUACAGCCUCUUACAUUCAACCUUUACUGCUAUGGGCAGGAGCAAUCUACAUCUGCAGAGCAUUGGAUCCAAUGAUUCUUCCUUCGGAAGGUGGUCAGAUUGUUAAAAGGCGGCUCCUAAAUUUUGUCAGAUCAUUGUCAACAGUGUUGGCCUUUGCAUACUUGUUUUCAAGUGUAAUUCAACAAGCACAAAAGUUCUUCAUGGAGACAAAUGAACUCACGGAUGCUAGUAAUAUGGGCUUCCAGUUUGUUGGCAGAACUGUAUACACAGCUAUAUGGGUAGCUGCAGUGUCAUUGUUCAUGGAGUUGCUAGGUUUCUCAACCCAAAAAUGGAUUACGGCUGGAGGGUUUGGGACAGUUUUGAUCACUCUUGCUGGACGUGAGAUUUUCACAAAUUUCCUUUCAAGUGUGAUGAUUCAUACAACCAGGCCAUUUGUCUUGAAUGAAUGGAUCCAAACAAAGAUUCAAGGCUCUGAAGUUUCUGGGACAGUUGAGCAUGUGGGAUGGUGGUCGCCGACUAUUAUUAGAGCUGAUGACCGUGAAGCUGUCCACAUUCCAAACCACAAAUUCACUAUGAAUAUUAUAAGAAAUCUCAGUCAAAAGACUCACUGGCGCAUUAAAACUCAUCUGGCUAUCAGUCAUUUAGAUGUUGGCAAAGUUAAUAAAAUUGUAGCUGAUAUGCGCAAGGUUCUGUCAAAGAAUCCACAAGUGGAACAACAGAAAUUGCAUAGAAGAGUAUUCCUGGACAAUAUUGAUACUGAAAAUCAGGCCCUCUUGAUAUUGGUGUCCUGCUUUGUGAAGACCUCCCGUUUCGAAGAAUAUUUGUGUGUUAAGGAAGCUAUUCUUCUAGACCUUCUAAGAGUAAUUUCACACCAUCGUGCUCGAUUAGCCACGCCCAUCCGCACAGUUCAGAAAGUAUACAGAGAUGCCGAUUUGGAUGAUAUACCAUUUUCAGAUUCUAUUUUCUCAUCGGGAGCUACUUCAAACCGCCCAUUACUGCUGGUCGAACCUUCCAAUAAAAUCAAUGGGGAAGAUAAGACCAAACCACACGUCCGAUCAGCACCUAUAAAGGGGGAUGAAGAUGAAAAGGUGACACCAAGAUCAACACAGUCAGCAGCAGAUGGUAAAGAGGAUGGUGCUAAAGGUGAAGAUAUCGAUACAAAACCCAAAGAAACAGAGGUUGGCGAGGAGUCUGGAAGAGGGGCCAAGGAUGUGAAAUCAUCUCCAUGGGAUGCUGCAACCAAAUCCCCCAAGUCUGAGGAAAAGCUCCCGGAGGGCGCCCCGUCUACUUCACAAGCUAAACAAGAUGUAAGACAACAAGCGGCACAUGCUCCUCCUCCAACCAAACCUUCUUCUUCUCUCGAAGAGAACAUAGUUCUUGGUGUUGCGUUGGACGGCUCGAAGAGAACCCUUCCCAUUGAUGAAGAUGCAGUGCUCCCAUCGAACCCCGAAGAUGCAAAGGAAUUGGCUCCGUUGCGUAGUGGCAGUGGGCCUGCAGCGACUCGGACGGAAAACAAGGAUUCUAAACAGUCGAAUACAGCAGGAUCUCCAAUUAGUGAUCAACAAGAUUAGUUGAAUACUCACUCCUUUCUUUUUGCACACUUGCAAUUGUAACAAGUGUGUGUGUGUGUGAGAGAGAGAGAGAGAGAAAGAGAGAGAGAGAGUAGCUAUGGUUGUAAUUUACACUGUAAAUAGUCAUCCUUACAUGAUAUAAAGAUUGCUCUAAUAUUUCAAGUGAAAACAAGAAAACAAAAAACAAAAAGAAA